AUGAUGGCGGCCAAUCACUUUGCCAGUUCGCGUCAACAUCCGCACCUUCCGCCUCACCUCAAUCCUCUCCCUCCACUCGAGCCAUCCGCCGAGCGUCACGGAUACCACUACAACGCCAGCCGUAGGGGCUCGACAGAUCCCAUCCUCCAUGCUUCGCUAGCAGCUUCGGCAAGCGCCAACUUUGCGCAUGGGCACAGCCACAACGGCAGCUCUGGCUCGUCGCUUGCGAAUCCCAGCCUGUUUGACGCGCCCAGGCGUCGCAGCAUCCAGAUUGAGCCCACCGUGCCUUCGGGUCACGGCAGCCCUUUCGCCAGCCCAGGACACUCGGGCCUUCAUUCGUCUCGCUUCAUGAGCCAGAACAACAGCCCUACCCCGCUGGUGCAAUCGCAUAGCGCCGAAGACCACCAUGUCUCGAAUUCCAACUCGAACUCGAACUUGUCCUCCCACGCAGCGCACGAGGCGUCAGAAGGUUCUCGUCACGCCCAGAUCCAGCCCAACUACCAGUUUGGAAGCUAUCCCGCGCCGCCAAAUGCAGAUUACCGUCUGGACGAGAAGCAGUCUCAUCCGCGCAUACCCCAUCUAAGUGCCCCCGACGGUGAGGGUGGAGGUCCGCUAGUCGAAGGCGGUGGACUGAUGUCAGAAUCCAGACGAGGCUCUUCCAGCAGUCUGGGUGCAUCCAAGCAUCUUUUGGUGGACAAGGAUUCCAAGCCGUACAGUCGAUCGCCCGAGCUUCGCGUCAGCCACAAGCUCGCUGAGCGAAAGCGUCGCAAGGAGAUGAAGGAGCUGUUCGACGAUCUGCGUGACCAGCUCCCCGUCGACAAGGGCCCCAAGACGUCCAAAUGGGAGAUCCUGAGCAAAGCCGUCGAGCAUAUCGCACAGCUCGCCGACGAAAGGAAUGAUCUCGCCGCCGAAGUCGACCGACUGAGAGCCCAGCUUGGCGGCGCCCACCCCUCGCGCGGCGGCGGUCCUCCGAUCAGCUCCGACAUCAAGCAGCAGCACAUGAACGGUCACAGGUCUACCGACUAUGAUCACCCCUCCCGCUGA